AUGAGCAAGCCAGUACACUUUGUGAAAGCUAAUAGCGGCGACAACAGCCACCGAUUAGGUGGUCAGUAUUCUAUUCCUCAAGAUUUGAGGGAAAACUUGCAGAAAGAGGCUAUACGUAUUGGUGACAAGGAAAAAGAUGUGCUACAAGAAAAAAUGGAAGCUAAGACAGUGCAAAAUGGAGAAGAUUCGUACCACAAACGAAGGUUUGAUAUGGAGCUUGAACCCAGUGCUGAUACUAAGAUUAUUACAUCUGAUCAAAACAGUCCAAUCCCUGUCGUGCCAAGGAAAAGAAAAUCUCGUUGGGAUGUAAAAGGGUACGAACCACCUGAAGAAUCUCAAAUAACGGCAAAACAAAGUUCUGAUAAUUUUUUGAAUAACGUAGAAGGAAUGCACGAUUUGGCAUAUUUUAAACCUUCUGACCACAAAUAUUUUGCUGAUAUUAUAUCCAAAAAACCUUUAGAUGAGUUAAGUAAGGAUGAAAAGAAAGAAAGAGCAUUUUUGACGUUACUUCUGAAAAUAAAAAAUGGGAAUACAGUGAGCAGGAGGACAUCUAUGCGACUUUUAACCGAGAGAGCUGUAACAUUUGGUCCAGAAAUGAUAUUUAAUCGAUUGUUACCCAUUUUAUUAGACAGGACCCUGGAAGACCAAGAAAGACAUUUAAUGAUUAAGACCAUAGACCGAGUUCUCUACAAACUAGGAGAUUUAACAAGACCUUACGCUCAUAAAAUACUAGUAGUAACCGCUCCGUUGCUAAUUGAUGAAGAUCCAAUAGUUCGUUCAACUGGCCAUGAAAUAAUCACAAAUUUGUCGACUGUUACUGGUCUAACGACAAUGCUGACAAUCAUGAGACCUGAUAUUGAAAAUGAGGAUGAGUACAUCAGGAACAUAACUGCAAGAGCAAUGGCCGUCGUGGCAAAAGCUCUUGGAGUUAAUCAGUUACUUCCUUUCAUCAACGCUGCAUGUCAUUCGCGGAAAUCAUGGAAAGCAAGACAUACGGGUAUAAAAAUUGUAAAGCAAAUAGGUAUAGUUUCAGGGAUAGGUGUACUAAAUCAUCUCACUGGGCUAAUGAGUUGUAUCAAGGACGGCCUAAUGGACGAUCACGUUCCGGUACGGAUUAUUACAGCAAACACUCUAUCUACGCUAGCCGAAAAUUCUUAUCCAUAUGGUAUCGAAGUCUUCAACGUUAUACUAGAGCCCUUGUGGAAGGGUAUAAGAAGCCAUCGAGGCAAAGUGUUAUCUUCUUUUUUGAAAGCUGUUGGAUCUAUGAUUCCAUUAAUGGAUCCAGAGUAUGCUGGUUACUACACUACAGAAGCAAUGAGAAUAAUCAAACGAGAAUUCGAUACUCCUGACGAUGAAAUGAAAAAGACUAUUCUUUUAGUACUACAAAAGUGUAGUGAGGUUGAAUCUAUAACGCCAAAGUUUUUAAGGGAAGAAAUUGCACCGGAGUUCUUUCAUAAAUUUUGGGUCAGGCGUGUAGCUCUAGACAGGUCAUUGAACAAGGUCGUUACGUAUACAACAGUUGUAUUAGCAAAGAAAUUAGGCUGUUCCUAUACCAUUGAUAGACUAUUAAAACCUUUGAGAGAUGAAGCUGAACCGUUCAGAACAAUGGCAGUCCAUGCUGUUACUAAAACAGUGAAUUUACUAGGAACUACGGAUAUGGAUGGAAGAUUAGAAAUGAGGCUUAUCGACGCACUUUUGAUAGCAUUUCAGGAACAAACAAAUGGCGAUUCUAUAAUAUUCAAAGGCUUUGGGGCGGUUACUGUUUCACUUAACAAUCGAAUGAAGCCAUUUUUAGCACCUAUUGUGAGUACAAUAUUAAAUCAUCUGAAACAUAAAACUCCUUUAACUCGUCAACACGCAGCAGAUCUAUGUGCCAUAUUAAUACCGGUCAUCAAAAACUGUCAUGAAUUUGAAAUGUUGAAUAAGUUGAACAUUAUUUUGUACGAAUCCUUAGGUGAAGUGUACCCGGAGGUAUUGGGUUCCAUAAUCAACGCUAUGUACUGCAUUUCGAGUGUCAUGGACUUGGAUAAACUUCAGCCUCCCAUCAACCAGAUUUUACCGACCCUAACUCCAAUUUUAAGAAACAAGCACAGAAAAGUCGAGGUGAAUACUAUUAAAUUUGUAGGGCUUAUUGGUAAGUUAGCGCCCACUUAUGCCCCUCCAAAAGAAUGGAUGAGAAUCUGUUUUGAGCUAUUAGAACUUUUGAAAAGUACAAAUAAAGAAAUAAGAAGAUCGGCGAAUACCACAUUUGGUUUUAUUGCGAAAGCAAUUGGACCUCACGAUGUCCUCGUUGCAUUAUUAAACAACUUGAAGGUUCAAGAGCGUCAAUUACGUGUAUGCACGGCUGUUGCUAUUGGUAUUGUUGCUAAAGUGUGUGGCCCCUACAAUGUCCUGCCAGUAAUUAUGAAUGAGUACACAACACCAGAGACUAAUGUUCAAAACGGUGUUCUUAAAGCCAUGUCAUUUAUGUUCGAGUACAUUGGUAGCAUGUCGAAGGAUUACAUAUACUUCAUUACACCAUUAUUGGAAGAUGCACUCACGGAUAGAGAUUUAGUCCAUCGUCAGACAGCGUCAAAUGUAAUAAGCCAUUUGGCCCUAAACUGUUCAGGUACUGGUCACGAGGAUGCGUUCGUCCAUUUACUAAAUCUUUUGAUCCCAAAUAUUUUUGAAACUUCACCACAUGCCAUUAUGCGUAUUCUGGAGGGUCUAGAAGCAUUAAGUCAAGCGGUCGGUCCCGGCAUGUUCAUGAACUAUAUAUGGGCAGGAUUAUUUCAUCCAGCAAAGAACGUAAGGAAGGCAUUUUGGAGGGUGUAUAACAACCUAUACGUAAUGUAUCAAGACUCCAUGGUACCUUUUUAUCCCGUAACCCCGCAAAACGAUGAAGAGUAUGUAGAAGAGCUAGAUUUGGUUUUGUGA